AUGAUGGCGGCGGCGGCGAAGCCAGCAGCGCGGCGGUACGCGCUGCUGCUGGCGCUGUGGGACUCGGACUACGCGAGGAAGGCGUACGGCGGGUACCACAACGUCUUCGUGGCCGCGCUCGGCGGCGGCGGCGAGGAGGGGGAGAGGUGGGACUGCUUCCGCGUGAUCGGCGGCGAGUUCCCGGCGGCGGAGGACCUGGCGUCGUACGACGGGUUCGUGGUGAGCGGGAGCCCGCGGGACGCGCACGGCGACGAGCCCUGGGUCCGGCGCCUCUGCGCGCUGCUGCGGACGCUCCACGCCAUGCGGAAGCGCGUGCUCGGCGUCUGCUUCGGCCACCAGGUGCUGUGCCGCGCGCUGGGCGGGAGGGUCGGCAGGGCGAGGAGUGGAUGGGACGUCGGCGUCAGGAAGGUCACCUUCGUGCAGGGCCAGGACCUGGCCGGACUGCUGUCGUUCCUCGACGUCGACGACCUUCCCCGGAGCGCCUCCAUCAUCGAGGUUCACCAGGACGAGGUGUGGGAGAUCCCGCCGACGGCGACGGUGCUGGCCUACUCGGAGAAGACGCGCGUGGAGGCGUUCGCGGUCGGGGAGCACGCGCUGGGCAUCCAGGGCCACCCGGAGUACACCGUCGACAUCCUCCACAACCUCAUCGACCGCCUUACCGACCAGAACGACAUCCAGAGGAGCGUCGGCGAGGAGGCGCGGCGGACGGCGGCGGAGACCGGCGGGCCGGACCGCGCGUUCUGGACGGCGCUCUGCAAGGGCUUCCUCAGGGGAGGAGGCAGAGCAAUAGACGACUGCGGCGGCCGGCCCAACGCGACGGCGGCGCCGGAGGUGGCUGGGCUCGCCGUCGCCGUCGCCGACAGCUGCUUCACCGUCGCAGCUCCGACGAUCCAGCUGGCCUGCCGCGCCAGCAUCAACUAG